CGAUUGCACACGCGCAUUGGUAACAUGUUUUGAUUAUAGUUAAGGUGUAAUUAUGAUUAUUUGUGUGAUUGCUUUCCACUAUCUGAUUGUGCAAUUCCACUUUUAUCGCUUUACGUGGCGAGGUUGUGACUCUGCGCAGUAAAAGCAAUAAGGAACUCAUCAUUCUUAUAAAAUCCAGCUAUGUUACUGCCAGUCAAACAGCCAGGCCAGUUUCAGUGAUCGGUCGGUAUUGGUUUAAACGCCUCUCAAAUCAUUCAUACAGGAAAGGUGGUGUUUCUUUUGUAAUAACUGCGCAGUUGCAAACGUUCGUGUAGCCAUCGCACCUGCGUUUUCACGAAAUACGCAAUUUUGUAACUGAAAGUUUGAAAAACCCGUAGUGUUUUCAGACGAGCAAGUACUUGGACUAGACCAUGCCGAAAGCGAGCGCUUCCACGGCGGAAGCCGAGUCAGGAAAACCCCGCCGGUUCAUCAGUGGAGUGGUUGAAGGCUUUUACGGGCGUCCGUGGACUAUGGAGCAAAGAACCGAACUAUUCAAAAGGGAGCAAAAGUGGGGCCUGAACACCUACCUGUACGCUCCCAAGGAUGACUACAAGCACAGGAUGUACUGGAGAGACCUGUACUCAAGCGAGGAGGCCGAACAACUGGCGGCGCUGAUAUCGGCAGCCAAGGCGAACGGGGUGGACUUCAUCUACGCCAUCUCCCCUGGCCUGGACAUGACCUUCUCCAACCCCCAGGAGGUCGCGGCCCUCAAGAGGAAACUGGACCAGGUGAGGGCGUUCGGCUGCAGUUCCUUCUCGCUGCUGUUCGACGACAUCGAGACAGAGAUGUGUCCGGUGGACAAGCGGGCGUUCAGCUCCUUCGCCCACGCCCAGGUCGACAUCACCAACGAGGUGUUCACACACCUGGGACAGCCGGGCACCUUCCUUUUCUGCCCCACAGACUACUGCGCAGCAUUCUGUUCCCCGUCUGUUUCCCAGUCAGCCUACCUCCACACUGUCGGGGACAACCUGCUCCCUGGCAUUAACGUGCUCUGGACAGGCCCCAAAGUGGUGUCCCACCACAUCACAGUGGAGUCCAUUGUGGAGGUGACCUCUGCCCUGAAGAGGCCUCCUGUCAUCUGGGACAACAUCCACGCCAACGACUACGACCCCCAGAGGAUCUUCCUGGGGCCUUACAAGGAUCGGCCCUCUGACCUGAUCCCCAAGCUGAGAGGGGUGCUCACAAACCCUAACUGCGAGUACUACCCAAACUUCGUGGCGAUCCACACCCUGGCAACGUGGUGCCGGUCCAACGUAGGAGGAGCUGGGGGAGCGAAAGACGUGGAGAUGACAGGUGACGAGGAGGCCGGGUCAGACCCCUGCUACAGCCCCCAGAGAGCCCUCACCCUGGCUCUCACCGACUGGCUGGAGGAGUUCCUCACCUCCGACAAACCUGGAGGACGCCGCCCACCCAACCACGCCCCCCCGAAGAAGGAAUCCUCCGACGAGGAACCCAUGCAGACUGACGGGGGAGAACCCGUGUAUGUGCCGGGUCCCGGGGAGAACCCCCUGUUCACCGCAGAACCCUUGACCCUGGGCGAUCUCCAGCUGCUCUCGGAACUGUUCUACCUUCCAUAUGAACACGGUUCUACUGCUAGAACCAUGCUUACGGAACUGGACUGGCUGAAGGGGAACAGAGAGGCCGUCGGGGGGGGCAGUGACCCCAAUGCAGAGUGGCGUUCGAGGGCGGAGCGUUUUGACGUGAUGUGUGUUGCCGUGAUGACCAUGUUUAACCGCCUGUCCAAUGCCCCCAACCGAAGCAUCCUGUACGACCUCUACAACUACAUCUGUGACAUCAAAAGUGGCGUGAACAUGGCCCGUGCCUAUGUCAGUCAGUUAGGGGGGCGCAGUAUUCCCUCUCCCCGGGUCAUAUGCGUGGACCCGGAGCCCUGGAGUUUCCGUGGGGGUCUCUCUGGGGAGUUCCAGAGAAUGCUGCCUUGCCAUGGUAACAGAGAUCUUUUCCGUCACCCUCCGAUGACCACCGUGUAUUCCAUACGACCCUACUGCCCCGAAGACCAGGCUGAGGUACUGAAGAUCCACGAGGAGACGCGGAGGCAGGGAGGUGCCACAGCCCCUGAAUCAACCCUCCCGGCCCUGAUCAGCGAUGGGUUGCCAGGACAACUGGCCCCCUCCUCCAACUGUGGCUUUGUCCUGGAGGAUGAGAGGGGGGUGUGUGGCUACGCCCUGGGCCUCACCGACGCCACGGCAGCCGCGCAGAACCUCCAGAGGGUGUUGCUAAGGGACUUCCCCUCCUUGGCGACCAUGAAGCUCCACCCCCGGGUCACAGACCUCGCCCCUGCCAAGCGUAUGAUUAGCUGCCUGCUCUCAUCGAUGAAGACCAGUGGGUGCCGAGGUGUGUUCUGUGAGCUGAGGAAGAGCGACAGGAAGAUGGUCGACUUCUACUCUGAUCUGGGGUCUUUCAGACCACUGAAGGUGACGGGGCUGCCACAGGAGGUCAUCGUCAUGGGAACCAGCUUGUGAAUAAGAGGAUACUUGUUUUGCACUUUGCACUCCCACUCAGGGUUCUCUUUAAAUGUGACAUAAGAAAGCAACUGGAAUCAUAGAUUGACGAUAAACGAAGCUGCUUCUUUGAUUGUAAAGCAUUGGGGUGCAACUAAUCAACUAAUAACUAACCUAAGGUGUGGAAUGUCAGGUCUUAUCGGUUGUCUUCAGUUUGUGGGAAUCAAGUGGUUUUACGUGGAUGUUUUGUUUUGGCUGUGCUCAAAUACACAGGGAGCCCAGUUCCACUUGGGUUUUCAUUAAUUAGUCCAUUAACAGAUCAGCUUUGAGCAUCUGCAGAUGUCAAGGUGCCUGAUCAAUUUGAGGAGGGAAAUUAUUCCAAUCGAGUCCGCUUCUGUAAAUACAGGCAUCGUAUAAGACCACCAGGUGUAUCCUUAAAAACCAUAGUGUGUAUGACAUUACUGAACUGGAGACUUCAUACAGUAUUGAUGGCAUGGUGACUAUGUAAUCGAGGGUCAUUUUACAAUGUAAGAUUGAUGCACGUGAAUCAGCCUGUAAGAGGAAAUACGAUGUACUAAGAGCUGUUUUAUGUUGGGAUCAAUAUAAAGAUGUUUUACACAAGUGUUCCGUGUAGCAAACGGCUUUAAUCAAGAACCAGAAGAACAUUCAAUGUUAGUGUUCACCUUUAUAGUUCAUGUAUUCAUUUUUAAAAAGGCAGCAAAAGCAAUUACAAUAAAACUAACACCAUUAAAUAACAGCUGGUAUGUGAAAAUAUUUUCAUUUAGUGUGGUCUUUUCAACAUUUGGGUUGUAUUGUUGUCUACAAUUUGUUCUAAUAACCCAAGGUCCUUUCCAAAA